UUCAAGUGCGACAGUACCCGUAAUUCCUAGUGAUAUUUCUAUGAGAUACUUUUGAAAAAGAAAGUAUUCCCAAAAAAAAAAAGUUAAAUUGCCUAUUCAACUUAUACUUCUAGGCACUGAAAAAUUUCGCUUUAGUAGCAAAUCAAGAUGAUAGAAGAUAUCUUGAUUUUAAAUAGCUACUGAGAUCAAAAAUUGUAUUGCACAUUACCUUACACCCGUGCCCCCGCAAGUUCAUAAAAGGGACGUACGUACAAGGCAACCGCAUCAUGCUUGACGAAACAGACAAUGGGAUUAUUCACGAAAGACGUUGCCGUGGUUGACCCACCAAACAAAACAAAGAGAAAGAUCUGUUGGGACUCUCGUGACAAGUUUUUUGACUGUCUUGAGAGCAACAAGAUUGAAAACUCAUUAGAUCCAAAAAAAAGCGAGCAAGUCGAGUCAAGUUGUGGAGGCGAACGCGCCGAAUUUCAGAAGAACUGUGUUGCUUCCUGGUUUAAAUACUUCCAAGAAAAGCGCUACAACGAUAUCAAAAGGCAAAAAUAUAUCGCGCAGUUGGAGGCAGAGGGUGCCAAACCUUUGCCUUUCAAGCUAGACAGGAAGUAGCUCCGUAAAGUCUGUUCGCCCUCAUGUUGUAUAU